AAGCAGCAGCAGCGUGUGUUGCUCCUCGCUAAGCUAACUGCUCGUCCAGCCUCAUGGAGGAUCACUGUUAUCAUGUAGCAGAAGAGAAAGUGAAGGAGCGACAGCUGACGUCACCAGAGAGGCGAAAACACGAAGAAGCGAAACGAAGUCGCGACAGACGACGACAGAAAACCAGGAUUAACAUCGGCGCUGCCUUCCCCAGGUGGAAGUCACUGAUGAGGGACAGGUGUCUUCACAGUGAUGCGGAAGUGGCCAGUCUCCUGCUGAACAGCUAUGAGAGAGGUCCCUCAACAUGGACCUCAGUGAAGAGAAAACCUGGUCCGGCAGGGUCUAGCAUCGGUGCUUGUGCUGGGACGGACAGAGACGAGAAUCAGAACGUGAUCGUAGAAGCUGCAGAAGUUCAGAGCCUUGAACAGAGACCAACAGGGUGCGCUGUUCGUCGCUCCGCUUCGCUCUCCUCGAAGCGAACCGUCGUCGAUGCGGAACUCCGUGUGUGUGUUUACGUCCCCGCUGGCUCUCUUUGUUCGCAGAGAAGGAGGAAAAUGUGCGCCGUGCAGCUGCUGCGGGUGUCGGUACAUGAGCGGAUUAGCGCCGCCGCUGAAGACUUUCUGCUGCAGGUGGAAAAAGGAGAAGAAGCGGCUGAAAUCCCGGCGCUGAGAGCGCUGCUCACCGAGCGGCUAACGGCGGCUGCGGAGGAGAUCGUCGGUCUGUUGGAGGAAACCGUGGCGGAGUAUGAAGACAGAGUCGAGCGGUCAGAGCGGGAGAUCUGCCGCCAGAGGAGGCUGCUCGAUGCCGUGCUGAAGCCCGAAGUGAAGCUGCACAGAGCAGUGUGUCCUGCAGACGUCCAGCUGCUGUUGGCGAGUAAAGACGAGGAUCCUCCUGAGCAGCAGGACUGGAGAUCCAGUCUGGACCAGGAGGACCCAGCAGAGCCGCCUCACAUUAAAGAGGAAGAGGAGGAACUCUGGACCAGUCCGGAGGAAGACCAGCUGCGAGGGCUGGAGGAGGCUGAUAUCACCAAGUUCACAUUCACUCCUGUCCCUGUGAAGAGUGAAGAAGAGGAUGAUGAUGAAGAGAAACCUCCGUCCUCACUGCUUCAUCAGAGACAAACUGAAGAGAAGAGAGAGGCGGAGCCGUCAGCCAGCAGCUCAGCUGAGCAGAUGGAAACAGAAGCUGAUGGGGAGGACUGUGGAGGACCAGAUCCAGAGAGACAUUUAGAACCAGUCAGCGAAGACAAUUCUGUCGACUCGACUGAGACUGAUGACAGCGACUGUGACUGGACACAAGCAAACAAGACCCAAUCACACACAGACAGUCAGAAAAACAGCGAGGCCCCCGACAGUGAUGUGGGAUCCUCGGGGAAGGAGCGACCUUUCCCGUGCUCGUACUGCGGUAAAAGAUUUAGUCUCAAAGGAAACUUGAAUCGACACAUCAGAGACCACACGGGCGAGAGGCCGUUUCCAUGCACAGGCUGUGACAAGUCGUUCAAAGACAGCGGAUCGUUAACGGCACACAUGAGGUGUCACACCGGAGAGCAGCCAUACAGCUGCCUGUUCUGUGGGAAGAACUUCAGCGGGAGGGGAAACAUGACCCGACACAUGAGGAUCCACACCGGAGAGAAGCCGUUUACCUGCUCCGUGUGCAGUAAAAGCUUUCACGUAAAAGAACACCUGAACAGACACAUGAAGUACCACACGGGGGAAAAACCGUUCAGUUGCACCGUCUGCGGUAAGGGCUGUGCUCAGAAAACAGACCUGAAGAAACACAUGAGAGUCCACACCGGAGAGAAACCCUUCAGUUGUCCCUUCUGUGGAAAGUGCUGUGCUGAAAAAGGAGACUUGACCAAACACAUGAGAGUCCACACCGGAGAGAAACCCUUCAGUUGCAAUGUCUGUGGUAAGAGUUGUGCCCAGAAGGGGAGCCUCAAGAUUCACAUGAGAGUCCACACAGGAGAGAAACCGUUCAGCUGCUCAGUCUGCGGCAAAUGUUUCACAGUUACGGGACACCUGAAGAGACACAUGAAGCUGCACACAGCGGACAGUCAGGUGGCCGAGCCUGCAGACACGUAUUCAGCCAAAGUGCAACGUGAAGUUAGUACCGUGGAGCCCCUGAACACAUCAGUGCAGAUCUCACCUCCACACACCUGGUCACGCCUGGUCACACCUGGUCACGCCUGGUGGUCUGGUCUUUGUGGAGACUGGACAGAGAUCGUCCCAGCUCUGGAGCUGCCUUACCGUCCUUCUUUCUGUUCACUGGGACCAUCAGGUGCGCAGAGAAGGAGGAAAAUGUGCGCCGUGCAGCUGCUGCGGGUGUCGGUACAUGAGCGGAUCAGCGCCGCCGCUGAAGACUUUCUGCUGCAGGUGGAAAAAGGAGAAGAAGCGGCUGAAAUCCCGGCGCUGAGAGCGCUGCUCACCGAGCGGCUAACGGCGGCUGCGGAGGAGAUCGUCGGUCUGUUGGAGGAAACCGUGGCGGAGUAUGAAGACAGAGUCGAGCGGUCAGAGCGGGAGAUCUGCCGCCAGAGGAGGCUGCUCGAUGCCGUGCUGAAACCCGAAGUGAAGCUGUACAGAGCAGACGUCCAGCUGCUGUCGGCGAGUCAAGACGAGGAUCCUCCUGAGCAGCAGGACUGGAGAUCCAGUCUGGACCAGGAGGACCCAGCAGAGCCGCCUCACAUUAAAGAGGAACAGGAGGAGCUGUGGACCAGUCAGGAGGGAGAGCAGCUCGGAGGUCUGGAGGAGGCUGAUGUCACCAAGGUCACAUUCACUCCUGUCCCUGUGAAGAGUGAAGAAGAGGAUGAAGAGAAACCUCCGUCCUCACUGCUUCAUCAGAGACAAACUGAAGAGAACAGAGAUUGUGUGGAGGCGGAGGACUGUGGAGGACCAGAACCAGCCAUAAUCUGUAAUCCAGAAAGCCAUUUACAAGCAGAUGUUGAUUACAAGACAUCAGAAUUUUCUGUGGCUGAGAUUGAAGUCAGCUGUGACGACUGGGAAGAGAGCAGAGAGCCUCGGUCAGGUUUAAACCCUCUGAAAAAUAAAGAAGACGCUGUCAGUGAUCAGAGGUGCGACUCUCAGGAGAAACCGUUCAGCUGCUCCGAAUGUGGGAAGAAAUUUACCAAAAACAGAUUUCUGGAGACGCACAUGAGAAGACACACAGGGGAGAAACCGCUGAGUUGCUCAGUGUGUGGGAAAAAAUAUACGAUAUACAGAUAUCUGAUCCAGCACAUGUCCGUCCACAGCGGGGACAGAAGACACAGCUGCAGCAUCUGCAACAAAAGGCUCGUCUGGCACUCAGGAGUCGAACGGCACCACUGUGAUCGAAGUGAGUGUGACAAAAGGCUUUGUUACAGCCACCGUCUGAAAGACGGAGGGGCUCACCCUGAGGACAGUCUGUUCAGUUGCUCAGUUUGUGGUAGGAAGUUUACACAAAGGGGAUAUCUGAUCCAGCACAUGGCUCGUCACACAGGGAAGAUCCGAUUCCGCUGCUGCGUUUGCGACAGAAGAUUCGCUUGGCGUCACGAGCUCAAGAGCCACGAGUGUGUCGGAGAUUCGUCACACCUCGACCAAAGCCGGACCGAGGGGGGCGGCCGCUCGGCUGAACACGUGGAGACAGCGGCCGGUUCAGAGGACCGCGGCGGAUCGGAUUCUGACGACAAGACCUCGGACUCUUCUGAACCUGAGACUGAGGUCAGAAGUGAUGAGAGCGGAGAGCCUCGGCCAGGUUUAAUAUCUGUGACCAAUCAAGAGCCUGUCAGUGAUGCGGGAAGCAGCGCUGAUAACAAAUCAUUCAUCUGCUCUGAGUGCGGCAAAGCAUUCUGCGGUGAGGAGAACCUGAAGGUCCACAUGAGAACUCAUGCAGGAGAGAAACCUUUCAGCUGCUCAUUUUGUGAGAAAGGGUUUACUCAGAAAGGUUAUCUGACCAACCACACGACCGAGCACAUGGACGAGAAACGCUUUCUGUACUGCGUGUGUGGCAAACGAUUUGCCUGGCGCUAUAAUCUAAAAAACCACAAGUGUGUCGGUGAGAUGUCCCAGAUUCCUCCGAGUCAAAGAGAGGAGAACCGAGCGGCAGAGCCCCCCGCAGGCGGCUCCUCCGAACUUCAGACUGAAGUCAGUGCCGACGGUUGUAACGAGACCAGAGGAUCACAGUCGAGGUUAAACUCUCCAAGAAAUAACCAAGCCCCCGAAGGUGACGCUGCAGAGAGGCCGUUCAGCUGCUCUCAGUGUGGCAAAAGAUUUCGCCGCAAGAAAAAUCUGCAGGAACACACGAGGAUUCACACAGGAGAGAAACCGUACGGUUGUUCAGUCUGUAUGAAAUACUUUUCAUGCAGCGGAUCGUUACGAAAACACCUGAGAAUCCACACGGGAGAGAAACCGUUCAGCUGCUCUGUGUGUGGAAACCGGUUCACUGAAAGCGGACAUCUGAAGGUGCACAUGAGGACGCACACAGGAGAGAAACCGUUCAGCUGCUCUGUGUGUGGAAACCGGUUCACUGAAAGCGGACAUCUGAAGGUGCACAUGAGGACGCACACAGGAGAGAAACCGUUCAGCUGCUCUGUUUGUGGCAAAAGUUUUACCUGGAGGCAAAGUUUUAACAAUCACAUGAAGUAUCACACAGAAACAACUAGAGACACGUCGUAAGUGGAAGUAAACUGCAUCUAUAUUCUGGUCCUGCCUGCCUGCCAGCCCCGAAUGUCUGCAGGUGGAGGUGGAGAGUCAGCCCCACCCAUAGAGCCACAGCAGACACAUUCAUGGAAAUAUGCCAGAUUGAAGUAAAGCAGAAGUGUCCUUUGAGAUCAUGAAGAAGUUUUGGAUUUUUGUGUUGAUGGAGAUGUUCUUGUCCGCGUUGGUUCAGUGUGUGUAAAGGCUGGAGGUAAAGACAGAAGUCAAUGGAAGUGCCCUCUGUUCCACAGUUUCUACUCUUCAACACACAGAAAGUGUCCUGCAGCUCUUUGUUCUGUCUCGGUGUGGAGGUUUGCAGACUCGCCCGGCUUGUUUAACGGCUUCUCCUGCCGCUCAGUGAGAAAACCUCCGGACUUUUCAGGUGGUCGAGAUGCAGCCACAGUAAAUUAUUUCUAAAUAAAUUAUGCUAUUUAAAAUGUGUAUUUAAUAGAAGCCGACUGCACCUUUAAUUCACACAUACAGACUUCCUGAUGGUUCUGUUUAUGUCCCCCUUUGUGUCCUGCUCCAUGGUCUGAACUGUGCAUGAUGCUAACCGAGUGAGUGUCGUCAGUUACAUCGUGCUGAUUCAUGUGUAUCGGACUACGUUUCCCAGAGUCCCCUCUGUUGCCUGAGUUGUGUCGUCAGUGAGUGAGCUCUGAUGACUGCUGGACCACAGGACAGCUCCGUGACGUGUGCCUUCGCUAGCUAGUUAAGCUACCAGCUAGCUCAUCUUACAUGGACCGUACCUGUAAAACUCGCAUGUAUUUGUUUGAAAGGCGAAGCUCACCUGGCCUUGUGACGGUUUCUGCGGCUUCGCUCGCAGACCCCUCAUCUCUUUUAUUUUUGCCUUUUUCAUGAUUAAAACGAUGAUUUUCUUUUUGUACUCUGUUUUUCCUGGAUCGUAUAUUAACAGCUGUCAGUGUUUGAAUGUGGACUCAGAGUCACUAACAUGACUCACAUUCAUGGUUCUGUGUAUCCUGCAGUCAGUAAAG